AUGAAGCGGUGUUUGCAUUCCUCGCCUCCUCUUGUCUUCAGUUAUCUUUUCCUGUCACCUAUUAUCAAAUCCCAACCUGAUAUGAGCUUUUACAGCUGUCCACGCGACUCCUUUCUUCACUACUAUUCCUGUUGCGACGAUAAUCCGUAUCAGUGCUGCUUUCAUUUCGAAACAUGGGCAGUCUUUGUGAAGUUUCGGUUAGUCAUCGCUAAUUUAUUAAUCACUUGGUAUUCUGUUUUGUUUAUAUUCAUUGACACAUUGACGACAAUCACACCUGGGCGGAAGGUGCCGCGAGAGACUUCACUUGUGACACAUGCGGACUACAUGAUCCAGUUUUACUAUUGUAAUUAUUUGUAA